UGGGUCGCUUAAAGCUUUUGAGAGUAGCUGUAUUGAACAUAGUAGCAGCCCACCGCUGGACACCUUGAGUGAGGACACCAGACCCAAAGAUCCAUAUCCCAUUCCAAGAAAGACUAUGGCUGAACCAGACUACAUAGAUGAUAACAAUCCUGAGUUAAUUAGACCUCAGAAAUUAAUUAAUCCUGUGAAGUCUUCCCGGAAUCAUCAAGAUCUCCAUAGAGAGCUGCUUAUGAACCAGAAAAGGGGUCUUGCACCUCAGAACAAACCAGAGCUACAAAAGGUGAUGGAGAAGAGAAAACGAGAUCAAGUUAUUAAACAGCAAAAAGAAGAGGAAGCACAGAAGAAGAAAUCAGACCUGGAAAUAGAGCUACUGAAACGGCAGCAGAAACUGGAGCAGCUGGAGCUCGAGCAACAGAAGCUGCAAGAAGAGCAGGAAAAUGCACCUGAAUUUGUCAAAGUUAAAGGCAACUUGAGGAGGACGGUCCAGGAGGCAACAGAGGCACCAGAGUCCUAGAGCCAGCUCCUGCUUAGAUGUCCAGUGUUCCAGAGGUGGCUGCUGAGAGGCUUCUGCAGGUUGUCUCAGAUUCCUCCCUCAAGAGGGAGAAUAAGAGCAUCCAGGUGACGCUUGCUGAAAAAGAGAUUUUUUWAAAAAGAUUUCUGGGACGUAUGGAUUAAAAAGACUGUAACAUAAACAGAUUGACUUGCCAAAUGUGAUUCUGAGACCAGUGGAUGAGGAGUCUCUUUGUCAGUUCGGUGUCGUGGACCAGUCUGAAGAGCUUACUUGGAGAUUUUAACCAGGGAUACUAGAGAAACUUCUUCAGUGUUGCACUGCUUUAUCUCUUGCAAUCCUAGUUUAAUAGAGAUACCCAGAUUAUAUUUUGCUUUAAAAAAAAAUAAAAAUCCUUUUUGCUGUGCCCUGCAGCUUGUGUAUAGCCCACAAUAAUUCUAAUUUAAUUCAAGUUUGAAUCAAAUCUGGGAAGAAAUGAGUUACGUUGAUCACAAGAUAGAUAGGUGUGGGGGAGAUGAGAAAUGCUUAAAAUUCAGCAUCAGUGAACAACUAAGCAACCUUAAAGCCUAAUUAUCCCUGUUGAGGAUGUAGAAUUUGGMCUAUGAAAGAGCAGAAAUCUGACCAUCCUCCCACUGGAGAAAAUUCACAAGCUGAUUUCUCUCUGUGUCUAAAYUCUUCAAAUAUUGUGCACAGGCCUGGGCAGUGCUAACUGUGAACUUAGCUCUGUGAUUUCUUAAUGCAAAAUGAUCUUUCUGUUUUGAAAUCCCACUUCGGUGUUGUGGCCUUUCUCCUCCAAGGAUGUGCUGAUCUGAAUACAGUGUUAACACAUCACUUAGUAGUGUUUAAAUUUUUUUCCUGGCGUUGAAGAGAGAUCCAGUUCUGUCACYGUGUCCUGCUUAGCUCUUACAGGAACUUGCAAUAGAGCAGUGUUUAAACCAGGUCAAACUGAUCAUGGGGAUUUGCUGAAAGAGAUUUUUUCCUAAAGUGAGGCAUUGAAAUUAUUUUUAUCCCACCCCUUCCUCAUGCCUCAAGAGAGAAGGGGAGUAUCACCUUAUCAUUAAGUGUUAGGGUCCAAUUCUGCACCUUCUGCCUUCCUGCAAGUUGCCUCUGUGAUUUGCCUUUCAGUAAAACACUCCUCAUCUUGUGUAGGGUUGGCAGUUCUGAUCCUUCAUGUUUAUGACUACUAGUUACCCAGGAAAACCUGGGAUGAGGAGGGAGGAACAGAUUACACAUGUAGGAAUAAAGAAUUGAAUUCCUAACUGGUGUGAGCAGGUGCAGGUAUCUUCUCUUGAGAAGUYGGGGAGAAAUCCUCAUCUUCUCCGAGUGGCUUGUUCUAGCUCCCACUGAAGCUGUUUUCAUCCAUACCAGCUAAGGAUCUGCUCUUAGUCUUUGCCUUAGGAUGUGAAACAAAAUAAUUUCUACUUUGUAAUUGCAUUGAACAUAACUGCUUGAGAACACUUUUUAUUAAUGUCAACAGUGGCGUGUUUGUGUUGUGAAGGUGGUCAGGGAGGGUCAGUUUGUUUGUUUCUAGUUUCUUUUGCCUUUCCGGAAGGUAUUGGACAUUUUAAAUAAAAUUUCAGCUUAGCACUCGGGACACAAUGCUCCCAAUUAGCAAUGUCUCCUAGAUACAGCCUUCCAUUUGUCAAGAUUUGUCAAGCAUUUCUCAUGAGGAUGCAAUCAGAUUAAGAGUAAAUUAAAUUGUGAUAAGUGUAUUGCCAUUGACUUAGAUUUGCAGUGUGAGUCAUGUCUAGAAGAUUAAAUGUGAAGAUGGUUUACCAGACUGUUCAGACUGUGGACAUACGAAAGACAAAGGCCAAACCUAUAUAUUUUCGUAUGUAUUUUCUCAACAAAGRAAAACCUUAACUGCUGCAGAUUUCUUCCUUCCCUCUGUUCCUUCCUCUGGAAGGAGAGAAUCUUAAUUUCUGGCAGCACAUUUUUCAGAUAUUUGCACUGAUUGAGCUUGUUUCACAUUGUUGAUUGUUGAGGCAGCACUGUAUAGUGGAUUUCCACACCACUGAUGUUUUUUCUUAGCCAUUCCCUGCCUACUUCUUAGUACCUGUUGGUUUCCACUCUGCAAUUGCAUUCUGUCCAAUAUGGUGAUCUUUGGAAGCUGGAGAGAAACCCUCUUUUGGCUUGAUGAGUCCAUUGCUUCUUGGUUGUUUCCUCUCAAUGGUCGUGGCCAUCCUCGUGUGCAUGCACAGGGACAUGAAUGAAGUUGGGUGUCAUCCGGACAGCAGCGGAGUCCACGCCGGGGGACUGCUCCUCGACUCGCUGAGCGUUGGAUUGGGCCCGUUGAUGACGAGUGCUUUCUGCUUUCUGCUUUCUCUUCAUGCUGCCUUGUGAUUCAGGGCAGAGCUUCUCCUUCUGAAGCACAGGAAGCCAGAAGACACCCCUGUACAUACAGUGUGAAGUAGACCUGUUUUCCAUUGCGUUCUCUGUACAAAUAGGACAUUGUGUUUGUUAGAGCACCAUUUCUGCUGAUCUUUUAGUCUAGGAAUCCGCAUCACCUUUGUGAUCCGCAUCUAGGAAUUCGCAUUACCUUCGUUAGACAGGCAAAGGCUUGUCUUUAAAAUCAGGAUUGGGCUGGAA